CCAGCGCCGUCCGCCUGCACGGGUCGGGGGCAGCGGCGUUCGCGGUAGCCGCAGGUCGGGUAGAACCGAUCCGGGAGGUACCGAGUCCUUCGGCCAGAACUACCCUGAGGAGGCUGAUGGCACCCUGGACUGCAUCAGCAUGGCCCUGACCUGCACCUUCAAUCGCUGGGGCACCCUGCUUGCUGUGGGCUGUAACGAUGGCAGGAUUGUUAUCUGGGACUUCCUGACCAGGGGCAUUGCCAAGAUCAUCAGUGCUCACAUCCACCCUGUCUGCUCCUUAUGCUGGAGUCGGGAUGGGCACAAACUGGCCAGUGCCUCCACGGAUAACAUCGUGUCCCAGUGGGAUGUGCUGUCUGGAGACUGUGACCAACGCUUCCGUUUCCCCUCACCCAUCCUGAAAGUCCAGUACCACCCCCGAGACCAAAACAGAGUUUUGGUUUGCCCCAUGAAGUCGGCGCCGGUGAUGCUGACGCUGUCGGACUCCAAACACGUGGUGCUGCCCGUGGAUGAUGAUUCUGACCUCAAUGUGGUGGCAUCUUUUGACAGGCGAGGGGACUAUAUUUAUACAGGCAAUGCCAAGGGGAAGAUCUUGGUCUUAAAAACAGACACUCAGGAUCUUGUUGCUUCCUUCAGAGUGACCACUGGAACCAGCAACACCACAGCUAUUAAAUCCAUUGAGUUUGCUCGGAAGGGGAGCUGCUUUUUAAUAAACACAGCUGACAGGAUCAUCAGGGUGUAUGAUGGCCGUGAAAUCCUCACCUGUGGGAGAGAUGGGGAACCUGAGCCUAUGCAGAAGCUGCAGGACUUGGUGAACAGGACACCAUGGAAAAAGUGCUGUUUCUCUGGUGAUGGUGAAUACAUAGUGGCAGGUUCAGCACGACAGCAUGCCCUGUACAUCUGGGAGAAGAGCAUUGGAAACCUGGUGAAAAUCCUCCACGGGACCAGAGGAGAGCUGCUCUUGGAUGUAGCAUGGCAUCCUGUCCGACCCAUCAUAGCUUCCAUUUCAAGUGGAGUUGUGUCAAUUUGGGCUCAGAAUCAAGUGGAAAACUGGAGUGCCUUUGCUCCUGACUUCAAAGAACUGGAUGAAAAUGUAGAAUAUGAAGAGAGAGAGUCAGAGUUUGACAUUGAAGAUGAAGACAAGAGUGAACCAGAACAGACAGGUGCUGAUGCUGCAGAAGAUGAAGAAGUGGAUGUCACUAGUGUGGAUCCCAUUGCUGCCUUCUGCAGCAGCGACGAAGAACUGGAAGACUCCAAAGCUCUGCUUUACUUACCCAUUGCUCCUGAAGUGGAAGACCCAGAAGAAAACCCUUAUGGCCCUCCUCCAGAUGCUGUUCAGAGCUCUUUAACUGAUGAGGGGAUGGGUUCUGAGAAGAAGAGACAAUCCUCCUCUGAUGGACCUCAGGCACCAAAGAAGAAGCCCAAAACCACCAACAUUGAGCUCCAAGGAGUACCCAAUGAUGAAGUCCAUCCACUGCUGGGGGUGAAGGGAGAUGGUAAAUCCAAGAAGAAGCAAGCAGGCAGGCCUAAAGGAUCAAAAGGUAAAGACAAAGAUUCUCCAUUUAAACCGAAACUCUACAAAGGGGACAGAGGUGCUUUACCUCUGGAAGGAGCAGCGAAGGGUAAAGUGCAGGCGGAGCUGGGACAGCCCUUGACAGCAGGUGGUGCAAUCUCAGAACUGUUAUGAAGACACUCUUUAUCUUCCUGUAUUCUUUCCCAUAUUGGCACCAUCAUGUGGAAAGUGGAUGAAAUGCUCAGUCAGAGUGGACUGACUAACACAGCAGCCUUAUUGGCCAUGGAUUCAGGGAGUGACUUUUGUCAGACAUGAAUAUGGCAGAGGAAACAGCUUUUCUUCCUCCUUAGCUGCCUCUUCAGGAAGAGUGGAAGGUGCUGGCUCUCAGGUGAUGCCAUUUGCAAAGAGACUGCCUGUGUGUUGACAGAGAGAACUGGUUGAAAGUGAGCUGGUACCCACCCCUCAGCCCCUCCAGAGCUGAUCAGCCAUUGUCUUUUAAAUACUAAUUAUUAUUUUUUUUGUGUGUUCCUGGAUUGAAGAAUACCCAAAGUGUGUAUUUUUAUUCUGAUGACUGUUUGUCCUGCAAACUUCCCUUUCUUUACUCUUUUAAUUUCAGUGAGUUGUGAGUCCUGUGCCAGCUGCAUUACCCCAUCAGCUUUCCUGUUAGCUCAGUCUGGUGUCUGCUGUGCUGCCAAGCUUAGGGAAACACUGCUGCUGAUUAUGUGCCAGGUCUGAUUUCCUCUCAAGUGGAGAGAGAUCUAAGAUGAAGAAUCAAGAUGCCCUCUGAAGUCUGCAAAGAAUGAAUCUUCAUAUUGUUAAUAUUUUAGACAUGAAGGAUGACUCUGCUUCUGGGAAAAGGAAUGAGUGAAAGUAGCUCUAGAUAAAAUACUCAAGUUUAUAUGCUUCCACCUAGCUUGUGAUAUGAAAAGCUGUGUUGGCAGUUUCUUGCUGUUCUUGCAAGUGAUUUUAUUCUGCUGCUUUCCUGUGUGCUGCCCUACCAGAAACAUUUUGCUUUCUCCUCAGCUGGUGGGUGCUGGCAGAGAAAAAAAAAAAACAACAAUAUUUCUCUGAACUGAAACAGUAGUUUUUCAGGGGUUUCCCCCCAAUUCUGGAUCAAGAAUGUAAGAAAGAUGAAUGCUAAUGGCUCGUUCCCAGCCAUGCAAUUAACCUUUUGUUCUUUAACAAAGAUUUUGUCAUGUUUUCCUGGUGGGAAUGUGAGGAGACACUUUCCUUACCCAGUGGCAACAGCCUGACACCUCUCUGUACUAAAUCUGUUCUAGUCUGUUAAAAGAAGGUUUUAUUUCAUAAUGCCCCUUGGCUUAGAGCCUUUUGUGGUUCCUCUGCAAUUACUUUUGAGUUUCCCCCUGGAUGAAAUGAUGGAGAUUGUCACUACUUGUUGAAAUGUUCAAAUUAUUGAGCAGACUUUAAAAUCCAAGAGAAAUCAUCAAGAGAUUUAUGACUUUGCAGUCAGAAGUAAGCAGUAGUUGCACAGGAGGAGAGGAGACACUUGGAAAUCAGAAGGUCUUUCAAAAACUGGUGUUUUCAUUUCUGACUGUAGCCCAGCAGUCUGCUGCUUUUAAUGAAAUUCAUCCCCAUGCCUACAGAAUUGGUUUUCUUUGUUCUUUCAGCUUGUAGUGUGACUUUUUUUCUUUCCUGGAACACUCUUAUAUCAAAUCCACCCCCAGGUGAUGUGGCAGAGCCCACAAGCUUUAAAAGCUGCCCAGGCAAUGGUUCUGCAGAUUGUUUCAAAGCCUAUGAUUUGCCACUUCCUUUCUGUUAAAACUUCUUUGUACAGUGUAUAUGUCCUUGAUUUAUUUUCUUCCAUCUCUUUUUUUUUAUUUUUCUCUAGGUUUGUACAAUAUUUGUCAGAUACUGGCUGGUAGUACCUAGCAGUGGUGGUAGUUUUUGUCUCUGUAAAUAAAGAGGUAUGUUUUAUUUCCUAAA